AUGGCUACCAUUGAUGAUGCCAGACUACUUGUAGAAAAGAAAGACUAUGCAAAUGCUGAAGAAUCGUACCAGAAACUGCUCGAAGAAACCAAGGUGCCUGGUAAAACAGGGAAGACCACUCAAGCCCAGACACAGCUUCAGGAAAGAUGCAUAGUCGAGUUGGGGACUCUAUAUGGACUUUCCAAACAGUCUGAGAAAUUGGCUGGCUUCAUACCAGAAGCACGAGACAUUAUGAUGCAGUAUGCAAAAUCCAAGACCGCUAAAGUUCUCAAGACCCUUAUUGAUCAAUUUGAACAGAUUCCAGACUCACUUGACACACAAAUUGCAGUGUGCAUAGAUAGCAUUGAUUUUGCAACCCGUGAAAAACGGGCAUUUCUAAAACAUGCAUUGUCGAUCAGACUUGCUACUUUGUACCUUCUGAAAGGACGGUACAACGAAUCGCUGCAACUAAUUAACGAUCUGCUUCGAGAAUUUAAAAAGCUAGACGACAAAUCGUCCCUUGUCGAUGUUCAUUUGCUGGAGGCAAAAGUAUACCACAGACUCAGAAACAUGGCUAAGGCCAAAGCCGCUUUGACCAGCGCCCGUACCGCCGCAAACUCCAUAUACUGCCCCACUCUCACGGUUGCUGACCUAGAUCUCAUGAGCGGAAUUUUGCAUUGCGAAGACAAAGACUACAAGACCGCUUUCUCCUAUUUUUACGAGUCCUUUGAAGGCUACCACAACCAGUCGAUAAACUACCAGGAGAAGGCGGCCCAAGUGUUGAACUACAUGCUGCUGUCCAAGAUCAUGUUGAGCUUGAUUGACGAGGUCAACUCGAUUUUGAACGCCAAAUAUACCAAGGAAAGCUACCAAUCGCGUGGUAUCGAAGCCAUGAAAGCGGUAGCCGAAGCAUACUCCCAUAGGUCGCUACUGGAAUUCAAUGCUGCCUUGAAAAAAUACGAAAAGGAGCUGAUGGGCGAUUCUCUGAUCAGAUCCCACUUCAACGCGCUUUAUGACACCCUUUUGGAGUCUAACUUGUGCAAAAUCAUCGAGCCUUUUGAUUGUGUGGAAUUACGUCACAUCAGCAAGAUGAUAGAGCUGGAUAUUCGUCAAGUGGAGGGCAAACUUUCUCAAAUGAUUCUGGACAAAGUCUUUUACGGUGUGUUGGAUCAGGGCAAUGGGUGGUUGUACAUAUAUGAAACUCCACACCAGGAUGCCACCUAUGACUCCUCAUUAGAGCUAAUUGGCCAAUUGAACAAGGUUGUGGAACAACUUUUCGAGAAAGCUAGUGUUCUUAACUAA